AUGCCUCCUCUCCUCUUGGCCCACAAGAAGAAAGCUGGGCAAGGCCUGCACACGCCGUGCGUGGCACGGAUCGGCAUCGUCAACGGAACCAUUGCAGAUCCUGGAGCAAGCCACGUCCUUGGCAGGCGGAUCGUGAUUCUGGCACAAGUACGCGGGGGCGCGUUCAAGCCUUGCUCCUGCACAGUACACUUCUCGAGUUCUGCGGCCUAUGCUGCCACACGCUUGUGCAUCGCAUUCUGCCCAGUCCGAGUUCUGCCAGAAGCACUGGUGGCCCACACACCGCCUGGACGUGAUCGGCAUAGGCUCAUUCACUUCGCACCGCUCCGGCUUUUCUGGUACCGAGCAGGAUACCUCCCGAGAUUGCGUGCCCUCCUUGCCACAUAG